AAAUAUAUAUCAGUCGUGUUUCGUUCCGCAAUAUGGCGCUGCUCUCUUCUAUAGCUGCUGUGUAGACAGAACGAAAAUCAUUCAAAACAAGAGUCGUGACAUGGUUCGUUGAUGUUUUAAAAUAUUUUCUGUAACUGUCAAAGAUGGAUUCUGUUGGUACGUUAAAGGGUUAUUAAAGGCCGUUUCAUGUUGCUCUGGAAGUGACAGUAUCCGAAGAUCAUGAAUAUUUGGUGCCUAAGAGGGCCAUUACAUCCGUUGAGGACAUGCAAAUUUGGGAGAAGUCGGAAGCGUACUUUGAGUACUUGGGCUUCAUCAUGGCACUUAAUGAGGCCGUGAAAGGGAAGUCCUUGUCAGUCGAAUGUCCUGAGAGUGAUGUGACAAAAGGAAUGGUCAGUCUACUUGACAAGUUGGAUGUUUGGAUAGAAGAAACGCCUCCUAUAGAGCAGCCUCAGAGGUUUGGCAAUCAGGCGUUCAGGACUUGGUACAAGAGAGUAAAGGAGGGAGCAAUGCAACUUCUUCAGGAGGCACUGCCAGGGCGAUUUCAUCGGGCAGUCCCAGAGAUAAUGCUGUAUCUUUCGGAGGGAUUCGGUAACUCAACACGAAUUGAUUAUGGCACAGGCCAUGAGAUGUCAUUCAUUAUGCUCAUGUGUUGCCUUUUUAAAAUUGGAUCCUUGCUUGAGGAAGAUAAAGUGGCUGCUGUUACUCGUAUAUUCAACAGAUACCUUCUUCUUGUUCGUAAGUUGCAGCUGACUUAUAGAAUGGAGCCAGCUGGCAGCCAUGGUGUGUGGAGUCUGGAUGAUUACCAGUUUGUUCCAUUCAUUUGGGGAAGUUCGCAGCUUGUUGCACAUCCACGAAUUGAACCAAGGUCAUUCCUGCAAGCUGAUGUUGUGCAAUCUUACGCUAAAGAUUACAUGUUCAUCAGCUGUAUUCAGUUCAUUAAUAAGGUGAAAACUGGUCUAUUUGCUGAACACUCAAACCAACUUUGGAAUAUCAGUGCUGUACCUUCAUGGACAAAAAUUAAUGGUGGACUGAUCAAAAUGUAUAAAGCAGAAGUGCUGGCAAAAUUUCCAGUGAUUCAGCAUGUUCUGUUUGGAUCUCUUUUGCCAUUUAAAAUUGUUCAGAGGCCCCAGAACAUACAUAAUGUUCGAUUAAGUGUGACGCAUCAACCCCCCGCAAGCUUCCCAGUGCCAUCAACUACAAAAACCACAAAUGACACUGCAGCAAAAUGAGAUGAAAUUAAUAUUUUCUUUUAAUACUGUUAUUUCCUGAAGUUUCAGUGUUCUUCUUAUAACCAUGAGCUCUUUGUUACUUGAUUUGACUGCUUGUAUGUUUGAAGACUCAAUGUUAACUGUGAUGUACUUUAAAAUGGAAAUGAAAAGCUUUUUUGAAGCAAUAUAAGAGCAUAUAGUAGCUUUGAGGAAAGGUUAAUAACCAUCUUUACUUGUUCAGAUAUUUAAUAGGGAAUAUUAUUAAGUAUUUUUAAAGAAACAUCAAA